AUGGCCUCCACCGACGACGCUCCACCUGUCACCACCACCGCAAAAUCGGCGCCAUCACCACCAGCUGCUUCCCCAUCCCCGGCGCCGGAGGGGAAAUUGUCGGGGAAGAGCUCACCCAAAUCUGGGGCGGGUUCGCCGAGGAAUUUGGAUGAUGCGCUUGAUCCGCUGAAUGGGGAGCACUGGACUCAGCACCCCGUUGAAGACGACAGCGACUCGGUCCUUGACAGCAUUCUGAGUUCCACCGCGAGCCUGUCCUCGAGUAUAUUUGAAUACCGCAACAUCAACGGCCGGACGUUCCACAGCGACAAGACCAACGCCGAGUACUGGGGCCCGAACGAUGACAAGCAGCUGCAGAGCCAGGAUAUCAUUCACCACUGCCUGACGCUUGUGCUGGAGGGGAGGUUGUAUCUGGCGCCGAUUGACGCGGGGAAGAUUAGCAAGGUUUUGGACGUGGGCACUGGAGGGGGCUUGUGGGCCAUUGACUUUGCGGACCUGCACCCCAACCUGGAGGUGACGGGGACGGACAUCUCCCCUGUGCAACCCUCGUGGGUGCCCCCCAAUGUGAGAUUCGAGAUCGAGGACGCGACGCUGCCGUGGACGUUCAGGGAAAAUUCCUUUGACUUUGUGCACAUGAGGUAUUUGUUCGGCUCGAUUCCGGACUGGGAUGCGAUUUUUGAGCAGGCUUAUGCGGCGACGAAGCCGGGGGGGUGGAUUGAGAGUUUUGAGGCGGAUGCAAAUCUGUACUCGGAAGAUGGGACGGUGACGGAGGACUCGCCGAUGGGGACGUGGACCAAAGUUUUCAAGGAGGCCAAGAAGAAGUUUGGGAGGACGUUUUUCCCUAUUGAGGAGGACGUGCAGAGGAGAGGCAUUGAGAAGGCUGGGUUUGUUAACAUAACUGUGAAGGAUAUCAAGGUGCCGAUGACGGGAUUCCCGAAGGACCCGAAGCUGAAGGAGAUUGGGCAGUAUAGUCAUUUGGCUAUUGAGCAGGACUUGGAAGGCAUGGUGCUCUACAUUUUUGGAGAAGUCAUGGGCUGGUCCGUGGUGGAGAUCCACGCUUUCCUGGCUCACUUCCGUAAGCAGAUGAGAAACAAGAACUGCCAUCCCUUGUUUCCGAUCAGGAUUGUGUACGCCCAGAAGCCAGAGAAGAAGAAGGACUGA